AUGACAGCGAUUGUGGAGGGUGAUUCAGGUCAGCGCUACCGUCUGGCACAGGAACGCGAGUUUCGCAAGUAUAUACCGCGAGAAUAUUCGGCCUCACAGUUCGCUUCUUUCGAUCAUGCUAGUCGACAGAAAUAUACACCUCAGCCCUCGCCGGACCCAGCCUUUACUUCGUUUGCCCAGCUCGCAGCAAUCCGUCUCGGAACCCAACGAGCGCUCAUCACUCUCUUUGAUCGCUACUACCAGCAUAUCAUCGCGGAGGGUACUCCGUCAUUGAGCCUUGUCGGUGGCACUCCCGAAAAUGAAUGCGAUAAGAUGCUAUUGGGGAGCUGCUUGCUUCCGAAAGAACGAGGUCUAUGUCACCAUGUUGAGGGUCUGCCUAUCUCCGCCUGCAUGGAAGGGGGUGAGUCAGUGGAGGGUGGCGCCCUGGUUGUUGGGGACGUGAAGAAUGACUCACGGAUCAAGGACAGCGAGCUUUUACAAGUACUGUCGACUGUCCGUUUCUUUGCCGCGGUACCUCUGAUCAGCCCGAAAGGGCUCACGGUUGGUUGCCUCAGUGUGAUGGAUGACGAGGCUAGAACCUCGACUCUUCCAGAGCACUUGAUUCGCUUUAUGAAGGAUCUGGCCAGGGCCACGAUGAAACAUCUGGUGAUGGGCCAUUCCACCCACAAAAGUCGCCAGGCCGAACGAAUGCUUGUCGGCUUGGGCAGUUUCAACGAGGGGAAAUCUACCCUUCGUCAUGCCUGGCAGCAGGAGAAUGCUCUAAAUAACCCUAGUGAUACGAAAGAGGGCCAGGCCAACAUUCAGCAACAGCGUCUACAGGACAAGCAAGAGACGAAUCAACUCCGCUUGUCUCUCGAGGUCCUAGACCGACCGAAACCCCCACGAAAGCGGGACCAAGGCAGAGUGGUUGGGGUCCGCAUCCUAGUCAAAAGUCAAAGUCUGGCGUAG